ACAGUGGAAUGAACGCGCAAUGGAAAGGCGGACAGAGGCGUCAAGUGUCCAAUCUUCCUGUUCGUUCACUUCCUAACCAGCACUGCACUGCGGUUCUUCUCACUUGAGGUGGAGGAAAGCGAAGGCUGUGGAACUACACUAGUCGGAGGAGCCGAGCUUUAAAAACUAUUCCAAGUAUCGAGCUAACUGGAUGUGACUGAUCUUGUUGACCGAGCAACAGCCACCAUGCCUCACUCAAUUGACAAUAUUGACCUGGACUUCCUCUCCGACACCGAGCGGGAUUUGAUCCUGGAGGUGCUGCGGCGGGAUGAGGAGCUCCGGCAGGCCGAGGAGCAGCGCAUUCGGAAGCGGAAGGCAGAGUUGCUAGAAAUUAAGAGGAAAGGGGCCAAACGAGGCAGCAGGAGAUACAGUCAGCGGAGUUGCGCCCGAUGCCAUGGCUCUAUGAGUUUGCUGGUGUUCAAUUCUGACCACUGUCAACGCUGCCAUCACCUUGUGUGCAGCAAAUGCAGAGCCAGCCUCCCUAAUGGCUCCUGGCUGUGCAGAGUGUGCAUCAAAGAGUCCGACCUAAGGAAGACUACAGGUGACUGGUUCUACAAUCUGAGGGUCAACCGAUUCUCCACCAUGCCUGGCCAUGAGCUGGUGAGAAGCAGCCUCAGAAAGAGGCCUACGGCAAAAAAGUAUGUGACAAUGGGAGAUGUUCUACUAAAACAUUCGGAAUCGACCCGAGGUCCUCCCGUUCCCGUCCCCCGGCAGAAAGUCAACACCACCAACAUACGUGAGAACUCGGACUCAAUCAUUUCGACAGCGUCUUCUGAAACCAAAGGGGAUGAAUUUUUGCAUCAUGGUCCUUCCAGCGAGUACUCUGGCUCUGUUGCGUCAACGGUGUCCUACGAAAGAAAAGGAGUUGAUUCCCUGUUUAAGUCAUUGCAGAGUGACACUGAGUCGGCAGAAGUAGCCAGCCUCACGAGCGGCAAAACAGGCACCGAGUCCGGUCGUGUAACCCCAGACCUGCCCAGAAGAGCGAUUCUCCCACCUCAUUACAACCAAUCCCAUGGUUCCAGUGUGACUCCACCUGUCAACGAUGGGCUGGAUGUUUGCGAGCAGCCUGACUCGGAUGAGGUCCCAGGGGAAGUUAAGAGCCAGUUUGUACAAGGUUUGGACUCUCAAGUCCCAGAAAUAAAGCAGGCUAGUCCAAACCUUGAGUUUGAUGUUGAGAAACACUUGGAGAAGAGUGUAAAACACAUUGAGAAUACUCCUGAAUGUGUCAAAGAUGAGCUGGGUGUUUAUGAUCAAUUUCACUUAUAUGAGAGCCUGGAUGACUUCAAGAGCCAAUUUGUCCAAGAUUUGGACACGCAUUUACCGGAAAUAAAGCAGGCCAGUCCAAGCCCAGAGUUUGAUGUUGAUGAGCUCUUCAAGAAAAACAUUGACAAUCCUCCUGAAUGUGUCAAUAAUGAGAUGGAUGUUUGUGAUGAAUAUCACUUGUAUGAGACCCUGUUGGACAUCGAAAGACAAUCUGUCCAAGGUUUGGACACACAAGUCCCAGAAAAAAAGCAAGCCAGUCCAAGCCCAGAGUUUGAUGUUGAUGAACUCUUCAAGAAGAGCGUAAAACCUAUUGAGAAUCCUUUUGAAUUUGACAAAUAUCCGCUGGAUGUUAGUGAACAAGCUGAUUUGCAUGAGGUCCCAAUGGGCAUCAAGAGACAACUUUGCCGAGGUUUGGAAGCGGAAGUCCCAGAAAUAAAGCUGGCAAGUCUAAACCCAGGGCUUGAUGUUGCGAACUUCUCCAGGAUGAGUGUGAAACACAUUGAGAAGCCUCCUGAAUGUGACAAAUAUGGGAUGGAUGUGAGUGAUCAACCUGACUCGUAUGAAGUCCCAGUUGACAGACAAUUUAUACAAGAUUUUGAAAUGCAAGUCCCAGAAAUAAAGCAGGCCUGUUUAAACCUGGGGUUUGGUGUUGAGAACAUCUACAGGAUGAGCGUAAAACACAUUGAGAGUCCUCCUGAAUGUGUCAAACAUGGGCUGGAUGUUUGUGAUCAGCCUGACUCAUAUGAGGUCCCAGUUGCUGCCAAAAGACAAUUUGUGCAUGCUUUGGACAUGCAAGUAAUUAGAUCUGUCCCAGAAAUAAAGCGGGACAGUUCAAGCUCCUAUUUUGAUGUUGACAAGCUCUUCAGGAAGAGCGUCAGGAAUGCUGAGAAUCCUCCUGAGCAUGUCAAUUGUGAGCUGGAUGAUCAAUCGCAAUUAUAUCAAAACCUAGCGGACACUCGGAGCCAGUUUGAUCAAGGUUUGACCAUAAAAGUCACAGAAAUAAGGCAGGUCAGUCCAAGCCCAGAGUUUGAUGUUGAGAACCUUUUGGAGAAGCACGUUACAAACACUGAGAAUCCUCCUGAAUGUGUCAAAUAUGGGCCGGAUGUUUGUGAUCAACCUGAUGCAAUCCCCGUGCCUGCCCCGAGACAACUUGUACAAGGUUUGAGUAAGCAAGUCCCAGAAAUAAAGCGUGCCAGUUCAAGCCCAGCACUUGAUGGUGACAAACUCUUCAAGAAGAGCGUCACAAGUAAUGAGAAUCCUCCUCAAAGUGUCAAAUGCGAGCUGGAUAUUUGUGAUCAAGCUGACGCGUUUGAAAUCCUAAGAGAUGUAGAGAGCCAAUCUGUCCAAAGUUUGGACACACAAGCCCCAGAAAAAAAGCCAGUGUCUCCCAGCCCAGAGUUGGACGUUCGGACACUUUUCAAGAAGAGCAUCAGACGUACUCAAAAUCCUCCUGAACACCGAUCAACGCUAGAUUUGCGUGAGAAUCAGGACAUGUUGACUGUACCGAUGGGAGACAGGAGCCAUUCUGUGCCAGAGUUAGACAUGCAAGAUGAUGAAGAAGACAUUGACAGCUUGGUUAACUUUCAUAGAAAUUCGAUGGUCAGCUCUGCAAGUUCAAUGAGCAUGACGAGUAUUUACAGUGACUCUGGAGACGGUUACAGCAUGGACGUGAGAGGGGAGGUGGUCUUCUCCAUGUUCUACGAUGAGUCCAGCCAAAGUCUGCAGGUUUUAAUCAAGGAGUGUCACAAGCUGGCCUGUGGCGAUAGCCUACGGCAGUUUUCCAACCCUUACGUCAAAUGUUACCUCCUCCCGGACAAAUCUCGUCAGAGUAAAAGGAAGACAACGAUCAAGAGGCACACCUGUAACCCGGUCUACGAAGAAACAUUCAAGUACCCCAUCCGCCGCAAUCAGCUGUUAACUCGUAGCAUGCUGAUAUCAGUGUGGCAUCACGGCCACCUCACCAGCAACCCUUUCUUAGGAGAGGUGGAGAUUGCGCUGGACUGCUAUGACCUGGACUCCCCACAGGAAGAAUGCAUGGCCCUCAUGACUAAAGCUCCGUGCUGCGUACCAACGUCGGCGUUCACCCAAUUCAAAGGAGAGCUGGCAAUCUCCUUGAAAUAUGUCCCACCAAAAGGCCCUCCACUACAGAAAUUCAAAGGCAAAAAGGUAGUUGAGGUGAAAAGUGGGGAGCUCCACAUCCUGAUUAAGGAGGCAAAGAAUUUGAUGGCCAUGAAGGGAGGAGGCAUGUCUGAUAGCUUUGUGAAAGGCUACUUGUUUCCGUCCAAGUCCAAGACCAACAAGAGAAAGACGCCCGUCGUGAAGAAGAACUUGAAUCCUCACUAUGGGCACACAUUUGUGUACAAGGAGCUAACGCUGGAGCAACUGAGGACCAUGUGUCUGGAACUUACCGUGUGGGACAGAGAACCCAUGUUGAGCAAUGAAUUUCUUGGAGGAGUGCGCCUCAGCUCUGGUGAAGGCACUGUCAAAAUUGGAAAUGACGAAGUGGGGAUGGAUUCAGUUGGAGAAGAGGUCAGUCUGUGGCAGAAGAUGAUGCAGUACCCAGACUCUUGGGCAGAGGGCACCCUUCCAUUGCGCACCACCAUGAAAAAGAAGGGCAAAUGAGGACGCCUGGUUCUUUUUUGGAGGGCCGGAGAGGGGGAUGGCUCAAGUUUUGACAUGGUUUUUGAUGAAUAAUGUGCAAAAGAAUGCUCAAAUGGAGUUAGUUUAGAAACACUCACUUGUUUUUAACCACAGCUACACAGCACAGAAAUAGUGUCAGUCAUGAUGGUGUCAACGCAAAUUAUAUUGAGAUAUACAUCCAUGUACAACAAAUUGUUGUGUUUGAAAUGUUUUAUAGCUUUGUCACUGUCUUAGCAAAUGUAUUUGUAGAGGGUUUAUGAAGUCUUUGUUGCAGAUGACAAUGUUUACUUCCAGUUACCUCAGAAUUGACUCGACUAUGCUCUUCUGACAAUAAAUAUCGAUUUAAAA